CUGUCUGUCUGCCUGCCUGUCUGUCUGUCUGCCUGUCUGUCUGUCUGUCUGCGGGCAACCUGAUCGACUUGCAUCACCAACGCCCAUAAAGCAGCAACAUACAGGAAAUAACCGCAGCUGCCAGAACGAGAGCCGCCUUGUACCGUUACAUCCGACCGGCUCGUUGUUCCCGUGCAGCGGUCGUGAUUUUGGAGGGAAGCCUAUUGUGUAGCGUCAUCAGUUAUCGUUCUCUGAUGUAUUACAUCGACUGUAUAAGUUAGCUGAUUUAUUACUGUGUAACGUUAGCUAGCUCGCCCUGAUUUGGACUGAUACGACGUACUUCGACUGUUUGACUCCUGUGUGACGUUAACCGAACAAUGGCAACCCAGAUCGAUAAAGAGGCUUGCAGAGAAGCUUACAACCAGGUCAGGGACGACAACACGGACACCAACUGGACUGUGUUUAAAUAUGAGGGCUCUAUGAUCGUGCCUGCAGGACAAGGGGCUGACUAUGAGGACUUCAAGAGGAUGUGCACAGAUGACGCCCGUCUGUUCGCCUUCGUCCGGAUCACAAUGGGAGACACCAUGAGCAAACGAGCCAAGUUCACUCUCAUCACCUGGAUCGGUGAGAACAUCAGCGGGCUGCAGCGCGCCAAGAUCAGCACCGACAAGGCGCUGGUUAAAGACAUCGUUCAGAACUUUGCCAAGGAGUUCAUGUUUAGUGACCCGAGGGAACUGGACGCAGACAACAUCCGCACAGAGCUGAAGAAGGCUGGGGGAGCCAACUACGACGCUCAGGCAGAGUAGAGAAGUGCCAUGGUUCACUGGAAGGGGGGGGUGGGAUAGGGUAGGGUUGGGUGGGAAUAACCGUGGGGGGGG